AACCCCUUCACCGCUUCUCCACAACGCAACCCCGAAAACCGACUUCGCGCAAGAGAAUAAAAAGGAGCCACCUUUUCAGUUUUCCACAGAGCUACCACUGCAACCAUGGCGGCCACCGUGUCUCCGUGGGCCAAGCCCGGCGCCUGGGCCCUUGCCGCCGAGGAGCAGGAAGCCGAACUCGAACAGCAAGCCAAAGAGGAACAACAACGCGCCGUUGAGCCGCCCUCCGCUGACUUCCCAUCUCUCUCUGCAGCCGCCGCCACCAAGCCCAAGAAGAAGAAACAGACCAUCUCCCUCGCCGAGUUCAAUAACUUUGGGGCGCCCAAACCCAAGCCCGCGGAGCAUCCCGUGGGCCUGACCCACGAGGACCGGAUGCUUUUGCCGACCGGUCCGCGCGAGCGAACAGCCGAGGAGCUUGAUCGGAAUCGGCUCGGCGGCGGGUUCAGGUCUUAUGGGGGCGAUCGGGGAAACAGCAGGUAUUCCAAUGGUGACGAGUCUUCGGAGUCGAAGUGGGGUUCGGGUCAGAGGAAGGAAGGUGGGUUUGGGAGGGAAUCGAACCGAGAUGAGCCUUCGAGAGCGGAUGAGGUUGAUGAUUGGGGCGCCAAGAAGAAAUCGAUGCCGGGAAAUGGGUUUGAGAGGAGGGAGAGAGGAGGACCUGGAGGUAGUUUUUUUGGUGGGUCACAGUCGAAGGCUGAUGAAUCCAACAGCUGGGUAUCGAAUAAGAGCUCCAUGCAGUCGGAGGGACGGAGAUUUGGCGGUGGUGGCAGCGGGUUUGAUCGGGACAGGAAAGUAGGGUUCCCAUCUAAUGGAGGUGCUGAUUCUGACAAUUGGGGGAGGAAGAAGGAGGAGACUAAUGGUGGGUCUGGAUUUGAUAGAGAGAGAAAAGUUGGGUUCGUUUCCAAUGGCGGUGGUGCGGAUUCUGAUGUUUGGGGGAAGAAGAGGGAGGAGAGUAAUGGUGGUCUUAGUGAGAGUACUGCGAGGCCCAGGCUUAAUUUGCAGCCGAGGAGUUUGCCUGUGAGCAACGAGACCUCACCAGGGUCGACCACUCCACCGAAGCCCAAGGGCUCUAACCCAUUUGGUGCAGCAAGGCCGAGGGAAGAGGUGUUGGCGGAGAAGGGGAAGGACUGGAAGGAGAUUGAUGAGCAGCUUGAGUCUGCUAAGAUUAAGGAGGUGAAGGAGAUAGCGAACAGCGAGUCGUUUGGGAGGAGUUUUGGGAUGGGAAAUGGGCGUGCUGGUGAUCGAACUGAGAGAGCUUGGAGGAAGCCUGAUUCGGCUGAUUCACGGCCCCAGAGUGCUGAUAAAAGUGAGACUAGGAGCAAUUCUGAGGAACCACAGAACGAGCAUGUUGAGUCGGAGAACGGGAAUAUGGAACCAGGGAACGAGCAUGUUGAUGAAAAUUGAAGAGGAGGUUUUACAAGUUCGGUGUAAGGCAUGGGAAAAGAUUUAAGGUUACUAGAGAGCUUGGAUCCAUGAGGCUGUUGAAUUUUCAGUUUAUAAUUUAUGUUCCCUGCUGCGACUGUUAUACAUUGAACUUGAGACGAUUUUUGUAGGCUUUUUAAACAGUUAAACUAGUUUUGCGUAUAGGAUUUAUUUGUAUGUUGUAUUUAAGAUUGAGAACUGCUGUUACUCUAAUUAUUAUUUUUGACCCUUAAAGCUCCCGGUUCCCACA